GAGUCCGGAUAAUAGCCCGGCUGACAACCCGGCGCUUUUUGGGAUGCUAAAAGAGCCGGGGAGGCUGAUGUGAAACAUGUAUUUCCCUCCGAGUCUAAUUAGGGCCGUGGGAGGAGAGAGAGCGGCGGCGGUGGUGCAGCUCCAGCCUCCCACUGGCUUCCACACAAAACUGAAAGUGCGGCUCCUUCCCCCGCCUUCCGCCGCCUCAAAGGAAAGGCCACGGUGCCCUAAUGAAGCCGUGGUGAGCCGUGCUGGCCGUGCCACACUGUGAUGAGUAAGUUGAAUAGUGCAUGGACAAACACCACGAUGCUGCUCAUGAAAUUAUUGAGACAAUUCGGUGGGUCUGUGAAGAAAUCCCAGAUCUCAAGCUUGCCAUGGAAAACUAUGUUUUAAUUGACUAUGAUACAAAAAGCUUUGAGAGCAUGCAGAGACUGUGUGACAAGUACAACCGAGCCAUUGACAGCAUCCACCAGUUGUGGAAGGGGACCACGCAGCCCAUGAAGCUGAACACGCGUCCCUCCAACGGGCUCCUGCGGCACAUCCUGCAGCAGGUCUACAACCACUCGGUCACCGACCCCGAGAAACUCAACAACUACGAGCCCUUCUCGCCCGAGGUCUACGGAGAAACCUCCUUCGACCUGGUGGCCCAAAUGAUCGAUGAGAUUAAAAUGACAGAGGAUGAUUUGUUCGUUGACUUGGGCAGUGGUGUGGGGCAGGUGGUGCUUCAGGUGGCUGCAGCCACAAACUGCAAACAUCACUACGGAGUGGAGAAAGCUGAUAUUCCAGCCAAGUAUGCUGAGACGAUGGACAGAGAGUUCAGAAAAUGGAUGAAAUGGUAUGGGAAGAAACAUGCAGAAUACACACUGGAAAGAGGUGACUUCCUCUCAGAAGAAUGGAGGGAGAGGAUUGCAAACACAAGUGUUAUUUUUGUGAAUAAUUUUGCCUUCGGGCCCGAGGUGGAUCACCAGCUGAAGGAGCGCUUUGCCAACAUGAAGGAAGGUGGGAGAAUUGUGUCCUCAAAACCUUUUGCACCUCUAAAUUUUAGAAUUAACAGUCGAAACUUGAGUGAUAUUGGCACUAUCAUGAGGGUGGUGGAGCUGUCACCACUGAAGGGCUCAGUGUCCUGGACGGGGAAGCCAGUCUCCUACUACCUGCACACCAUUGACAGAACCAUACUUGAAAACUAUUUUUCUAGUCUCAAGAAUCCAAAACUCAGGGAGGAACAAGAGGCAGCUAGACGUCGUCAACAAAGAGAAAACAAAAGUAACACAACGACUCCAACGAAGGUCCAAGAGAACAAGGAUUCUGGUGCUGAAGAAGAAAAAGCUGCAGCAAAUUCUGUUAAAAAGCCAUCUCCCUCCAAGGCCAGGAAGAAGAAGCUGAGUAAGAAGGGCAGGAAAAUGGCAGGGAGGAAACGAGGGCGCCCCAAGAAAAUGAACACGGCGAGCACUGAGCGCAAGACCAAGAAGAACCAAACUGCACUAGAACUUCUGCAUGCUCAGACUGUCUCCCAAACAUCUUCAUCCUCUCCUCAGGAUGCCUACAAGUCACCUCAUAGCCCAUUUUACCAACUACCUCCUAAAGUGCAAAGGCAUUCGUCCAACCAGCUCCUGGUGACACCCACCCCCCCUGCACUACAGAAGCUGCUAGAUUCCUUUAAGAUCCAGUACAUGCAGUUCAUGGCAUACAUGAAAACUCCUCAGUACAAAGCAAGCCUGCAGCAGUUACUGGAGCAGGAAAAGGAGAAGAAUGCUCAGCUGCUGGGGACAGCCCAGCAGUUGUUCACGCACUGCCAGGCCCAGAAGGAGGAGAUCAAGCGCCUGUUCCAGCAGAAGCUCGAUGAGCUGGGAGUUAAAGCUCUGACCUACAACGACCUGAUCCAGGCUCAGAAGGAAAUCUCUGCUCACAACCAGCAGCUGAAAGAACAGACAAAACAGCUGGAGAAGGACAACAGUGAACUCAGGAACCAGAGCUUGCAGCUGCUGAAGGCUCGCUGUGAAGAGCUGAAGCUGGAUUGGUCAACGCUGUCACUGGAGAACUUGCUGAAAGAGAAGCAGGCCUUGAAGAAUCAGAUUUCUGAGAAGCAAAAGCACUGUUUGGAACUGCAGAUCAGCAUCGUGGAACUCGAGAAGAGUCAGCGGCAGCAGGAGCUGCUGCAGCUCAAGUCCUACACCCCCUCAGAGGAGCCCCUGCCAGUGCAGCUGCACAGCAAAAGCCACCUGAGCCGUGACCCCGAGGCUGAGCAGGGCAGGUUCCAGCUGGAGCUGGAGUGCUCCAAGUUCCCCAUGCCCCACAUCAAUGGCAUGAGCCCCGAGCUGUCCAUGAACGGCCACGCCACCCCCUACGAGCUGCAGCACGCCUUCAGCCGGCCCUCGUCCAAGCAGAACACCCCCCAGUACCCCAACUCCCACCUGGACCAAGACAUUGUGCCCUGCACCCCCAACCACAGCAGCAGGCAGAAGGCAGACAAGGUGACCAGCCUGGCCCUCCCUGAUUACACCAGGUUCUCCCCUGCUAAAAUCGCCCUGCGCAGACACUUGAACCAGGACCAUGGAGUCAAUGGAAAAGCCACAGCUAAUGAGAUACAGAGAGCUGAGCAUGUCAAAGAGAAUGGCCUUACAUAUCCAAGCCCUGGAAUUGCAAAUGGCAUAAAGCUGAGUCCUCAGGAAACUCGGCCCUCCUCCCCCGCGGCCUUACCCAGUGCAGGAGAGAAGGUUUUUAGAGAGAGAACCUCUGUGAGUAAUGGAGAAACUAUCACCAGCCUCCCUAUCAGUAUUCCUCUGAGCACAGUGCAGCCCAAUAAACUCCCUGUUAGUAUCCCUCUGGCCAGCGUAGUCCUACCUAGCCGUGUUGAGAAGGUGAGAAGCACACCCAGCCCAGUUCACCAGAGCAGAGACUCAUCAACACUUGAAAAGCAGAUUGGUGCUAGUUCUCAUAAUGGCAUAAGCAAUGCUGCUGGAAACAAGCCUCUGGCUUUGGCUACCUCAGGUUUUUCUUACUCUUCUGGCUCCGUGGCAGUCAAUGGAAAUCUUACAAACAGCCCAGCCCAUCUUAACCAUAGUGUUGAUCAGGCAGCUCUGGACGACUCUGGGAGUCUCUUUAACUCUGUAGGGUCUCGGAGUUCCACUCCACAACAUCCUUUGCUAAUGAUGAGGAACUCUGGGCAGAACUCCCCUGCUCAGCAGCACUCGAGCCCCCGCUUAGGUGGCCCGGCCCAGAGCCUGGCAGGGGGACUGCAGAGUGCAGAGGCUCAGAAGAUCUUUGCCGAAGGAACAAAGGGGGAGCCGCAGUGUGAUGCAGCGUUUUCAGAUCCUGAGAACGAGGCCAAGAGGAGAAUCAUCUUUACAAUCUCUCCUAAUACAGGACAUGUAAAACAAUCCCCUUGCAGCAAGCACAGCCCCGUGGCCGGCAGCUGCCAGGCCCACGGGCAGGACGGGAAGAAGCGGGGCCGGCGGAAGAGAUCCAACACGGGCAGUGCCAGCGGGAACGGCGCCGUCUCCCCGAAGCGCAAAGCCCUGCCCUCGCUGGCCGGGCUCUUCACGCAGCCCUCGGGCUCACCCCUCAACAUCAACUCCAUGGUCAAUAACAUUAACCAGCCCUUAGAAAUAACAGCCAUUUCCUCUCCUGAAAACUCCCUGAAGAACUCUCCUGUUCCUUACCAGGACAAUGACCAGCCCCCAGUGCUGAAAAAAGAGAAGCCCCUCGUUCAGAGCAACGGUGUCCAUUACUCCCCCCUGACAUCGGAUGACGAGCAGGGCUCUGAGGAUGAGCACAAUAGCAGCAGAAUUGAGAGGAAAAUUGCAACAAUAUCAUUGGAAAGCAAAUCUCCGCAGAAGACUGUUGAAAAUGGUGGCAGCAUAUCGGGGAGGAAACAAGCACAAAGCAACGAGAGCAUGAACAGCAGCAAAUGGAAAUCGACUUUUUCACCGAUAUCUGACAUCAACCUGACCAAAACCACCGACAGCCCCUUGCAGGCCGUGCCAGCUCUGAGCCAGAACUCCCUGUUUGCCUUCAGGCCGCCCUCCGAGGACGGGCUGCCCAUGGACACCAAGGUGCCAGGACACCCCAGGAAGAGCCUGGCAGUGCCCUCGGAUGGGCUGAGCCCUGGCACAAACCCCCCCAAUGGCUUCAGCUACAACGGGGGCCUGUCCUCCGAGCUGGGCCUGCACGGCUUCAUGGACGGCGCCGCUCUUCCUCACAAAGCUGGGGAUGCCUCGGCUCCCAACUGCUCCCUGGGCUUCCCCUCGCAGCGAGGCAAGGACCUGGGCAUGUCAGACACCAACCUGUUCCUGAACAAGAGGCAGCUGGAAGCUCUGGGCACCAAGGGAGAAGAGCUGAGCCGGCCAGGGGUGAAGGGCAAGGAGCUCAGCGAGCUGGGCACCCGCGCGGGGGGGGCUGUGGAGAAAAACUCCGUGCAGCACAACGGGAAGGUCGGCAAGGGAAGGGACCGAGACCUGGAGUUCAAAAACGGCCACAACCUUUUCAUUUCUGCUGCUGUUUCGUCUGGUGGCCUUCUGAAUGGUAAAAGCCUUUCUACUGCUGUUUCCUCAGCAGGGAACCCAGCGCCAUCUGUCCCGACGCACCAUCCCUUCCUCAACACUCUGACCACUGGAUCACAGUUCCCCCUCGGCCCCAUGGCCUUGCAAGCAAACCUCAACUCGGUGACAAAUUCCUCAGUAUUGCAGUCCUUAUUUAAUUCAAUGCCAGCUGCUGCCAGUCUGGUCCACGUGUCAUCAGCUGCAACCAGACUGACUAAUUCUCACACUAUGGGGAACUUCUCUCCUGGGGUUACAGGUGGAACAGUUGGAGGUAUUUUUAACCAUGCGGUGCCUUCUGCCUCCUCUCCUCAUCAGUUUGGAGCCAGUUUCAGCAGCAGUGCUGUCUCUAGCAGCACCGUGCUAAGCUUAAACCCUCUGCAGGCUGUUGCCAGCACCUCAUCCUCAUCCUUCCCACCCUCUUCCUCUAAUUUAGUAACAUCUAGUGAGACUAGACCUGCUCAGCACCUCAACAGAGCUCCAGUGCAAUCUGUCUUCCAUCCCCCUCCACCCCCUCCUAACGUGUCCUUGCCUCCCCCUCCUCCUUUACUCGCUUCUAACUCCGAGCCUGCUCUCCUGCAGAACCUGCCCUCCAUCCCUCCUGGCGAGACGUUCCUGCCCUCCUCCUCCUCUGCUCCUGUCCAGUCUAACUCUUCUUUGUCUCUCAAACUGGCUUCUCUCCAGCACAAACCCUCCCGCCCCUCCUUUACCGUGCACCACCCUCCCCUGCCCCGCGUGCUCCCGCAGCCCAACGCCGCUGGCACGGCCGCUAUGUGGGUGACCCUUGGCAUGCAGCCUCCUUAUGCUUCGCACCUUUCGGGGGUUAAGCCACGAUAAAGAGCUUGCUUAGCUAACAGUUCUUGUUUUGUAAGGUAAGGCCAGACACAAAACCAGAGGAGUUUGCGUGCGAGAUGCUCACUGACGCUUCUUCCUUUGCAGAGAGAGGUCGGGGCCGGGCUCCGUGAAACAAGAACCUCUGAAAUGGGGAGAGUGAGCCCUAAAAUGGGGGAGAGGAACCUCCAAAACGGGGAGAGGAACCUCUAAAAUGGGGAGAGGAAUCUCCAAAAUGGGGAGAGGAACCUCUAAAAUGGGGAGAGGAAUCUCCAAAAUGGGGAGAGGAACCUCCAAAUUGGGGAGAGGAACCUCCAAAUUGGGGAGAGGAACCUCCAAAAUGGAGAGAGGAACCUCUAAAAUGGGGAGAGGAAUCUCCAAAAUGGGGAGAGGAAUCUCCAAAAUGUGAGGAGCGAAUCAGCUGGUGGCAGAGGAUGGGAAGUGUUGGUGCUCUGUUCUGGGAGUCAGGAUUUCUCGACAAGGAGUGCUCACAGGGGUAACUCUGCUCUGGCUCAAGGUUAUGUUCAGGCUGAGGUCUCUUCAUAGAAAGAAAAAAAUGUUCUUUCUGGAGGUAGGAACAGGAGGAAAUGUCUAUUUUCCAUGUGGUUUUAUACAGUUUUUGGAAAUGGGUGUUGCCCAUCUGAUCCCCCUCCCCUCUUGCACAGCCUGUUCAUCCCAAACCAGCCCUUGUCUGUAGCAUUGAGGUGCCCAAAGGUGCCUCUUUGUGACUCUGUGUGACAAUGUGGUGGUCAGUAAAAACUGCCAGUCAAAACCAGCUGCUCUACAUAGUCAUAAAGUUAAAAAUCUCUGGGUUAUAAGCUUCAGCUUUGCUUGGAGAGCAAAUUCCCUGGGCCUGCAGUGCAGUCAGUGUCCCCUGCAUCACUGGAAACACAACCACGGGUAGCAGAGAAGGGCUGUGACUCCCUGUCACUUCCCUGUGCUGGACUUGCUGCCAGGGCCAGCAGGAACAGCCCCAGCAGAUGUUUUAUUUUUGCUCACAAGCCCUGGGGGCACAGGGAAUGUGCAGAGGGAAGUGGGCUUCACUCUCCACAAAGGCUGUAGGAGAGGAGGGUUCUGGAGGCUGUGUGCAUUUCUCCUGCAGCAGGUAUUUAUUGAACUGUCUCUAGAAUAAACUGUACCACCACAGAGCUGGGUCCUGUGGUUCAUGCAAACACUCUGUGGCAAUCCUGCUGUACCAACUGUGCUUGCCAAGUGCAUCCAGCGUGUCCAGCCCCAGAGCUGGCUCCCUGCUUUCCUUGUAGGUCUGUGAUGUUGUUGCUGUCCACUGGUACCAAAGCUACAAACGUGGUUGAACACACUUUGCUGCUUAUAAAACUCGAUUACAACACUCCUGAGAGAGCCUCUGUGCAUUGUGUGUAGUGUCUUCCUCCUCAAAUUCCUCCUCAGACACCACAAACCCCUGGUUAGGCUUUUGGGAGGCACGUAAGUAUUGCCAGGUCCUUCCCUGCAGGAAAGGGAGGCUGAGCAAGGGCUUUGUGUUCCAGCAGAGAUGGGCUUGGAAAACCCCAAAAGGAGAGAGGAAGGGGAUGAUGAGGAGGGUCUGUGUGUGAGGACAGUGUGAGAAUCUCUGUUGAAAUUACCUGGAACUGAGACCAUGCUGGGCUAGGAUCCAUCAGGUGUGACAGUCCCUGUCACUGAAAAAUACUGAAAAUAGAGGCAAAGCACAAAAAGGACUUGUAGAAGAGAGGCUGGGUGUCAAAGCUGGGUUGUGGAGCACAGGAGCAGAACCGAUGGUGCCAGAGGUGGUUGUGAUCCCAAGCCCUGUGACUCUAAGCCAAGGUAUUGGAGCAGUGCCCUGGAUUUCAGUGAGAGCAGAAAUGGGUUCAGAUGGGUUCAGUCCUUGGGGAGCCAGGGCUGGAACCAGGAAUUUGGGACUGAAAUAAUCUGCUUUGCUUCUGUGCUGGGAGAGCUGGGGGUGCUCACCUGGAGAGGAGAAGGCUCCAGGGAGAGCUCAGAGCCCCUGGCAGGGCUUGAAGAGGGAGAGCUUGCAGGAGAGCUGGAGAGGGACUGGGGACAAGGCCUGGAGGGACAGGAGCCAGGGAAUGGCUCCCACUGCCAGAGGGCAGGGCUGGAUGGGAUCUUGGGCAGGAAUUGUUGGCUGGGAGGGUGGGCAGGCCCUGGCCCAGGGUGCCCAGAGCAGCUGGGGCUGCCCCUGGAUCCCUGGCAGUGCCCAAGGCCAGGCUGGACAGGGCUGGGAGCAGCCUGGGACAGUGGGAGGUGUCCCUGCCAUGGCAGGGGUGGCACUGGAUGAGCUUUGAGCUUUUUUGUUACAAUAAUAACAAAACUCAAAGCAGAUUAAUUUUUACUAUAAAAGGUGAAAUACUGAGGGGGGAAAUACCUUUUUUAGUCUUUUCCCCUCACUUGAUUUCAGUCCCUAGGACAGAGUUCAACACAGCCACAGCUUGAAAAACUGCAGCAUUUGGAGGGGCCACACCUCCCUUGGACCAUCCAUCCUUCCCUCUAAUUGGGAUUGGGUCAAGAUUUGCUUCAUCUGAGGAGGUCUUGGAGCAAUGUAGGAAUGACUGACACAUCUAACAACACAGCAGGUUUUUGCCUUUUAUUCAGAUGAGUCUCUUCCUCUCCUCCUGUUGUGCAGGUAACUAGGAUUUCUACCUCAACCCAAUGUGACCUAUGCAAGGACAACGUGGACCAACUUCACUCGGCUUCCACUGAAAGGUGCUCACCUGGCCUGUGCAGGGGUUUCUACUCUUACUACUGGACAAAAUAAAAACCAUAAAAAAGACCUAAACAACAGAGCAAACAUUUACUGUGAAUCUGACUAAAAGAAAAGAAAAAAAAAAAGGAAAAAAGGCAAAAAAAAAAAAGGCAAAAGAAAUGCUUAAAGCUCCAGUUUGUAUUGUUGAUAGUUUAGAUAAAGUAUUUAUCUUUUUUUUAAAGUGAAAACAAUUUUGACUUAUUUUAUUCCACCUAGAUUCAUAAAUACAAGUUAUUAUUAUUAAAUUCUCUGAAUACUAAAGGACUGGCACACCAGCAGAGAUGUAAAAGAGCCUCCUCGGUGCUAUUUUGUCCGUCAGAACUGUGCCUCUGGUUUGAAUCCUUGGUGCUGAUUUUGGGGGGUUGACCAAUGCCAAACCCAGUUUUUAAAGGUCUGCAGAUUAUUUAUUCCCCUGACUGUUCAUAUCCCAAAAUCCUCUUGGUUGGCAGCCGGGGCUGGCAGAGGAAGGAAUUCUCCCCCCAGGGUUUGGUUCAGACUGAGCCAGGCCCUUUUUAACUGGGUGGGUUUUAAUUGAGUUGUGACUAAUGAGGGCUCUGUGCUCCCCUCUGGAGCAGCCUGGGCAGGCACAGCUGGAACAGGAGACAUCCAAGUCCUGCCCCAUCCAAACUCUUUCCCUGGGCCAUUUGCAGGUGCUGGUGGCACUGGGGUCACUGUGAAUUUUGGUAGCUGGUCUGGUAACUCGCUUCUUGGGGCUGGCCUUGGUGUUUGAGCAGGGUGUGUGCUGGCUGGUGCUGGUGCAGCCCUUUCCCCAGCUUUGGGAAGAUUGAACAUGGUGUUUCUGUCCUGCUGCAGGCUGCAGAGUUUGCUCAGCUCGUUCUUUCCUUCCAAGCACGACGUGUUUCCUUGGUAGGGUUUUGAUACUUGACUCUGACCCGGCUUGGCCGUGUACAUGGAUUAACAAGGUGCAUUUUGCUUUUGUGUUCCUUUGCUUUUCAGUAGGUUCUCGAAGGGUAGUUCACAAAAACACCCUGACCUGGCUGCCUGUGCUGUCACUGUCCCCCGGGGGCAGGGACCUGCGUCGUGACUCGGUGUCGUGUGUGCAGGAAGGGCUGAUUUUAUAGAGCUGUGAUGAAAACUCCUGAGUUUCCUACACUUUAUUUCCUUUGGUUUUAGUUUGUAUAAUGCACAAUGAACCUGUAAAAACUUAUUUAUUCAAGUGCACAAGGUGAGGAGGAGAAGGAGGAUCCAUUUAAGUAGAAAUCAGGCUGGUCUGAGUUCAGGCCAGGCCAAGCACCAAUUUAAAAAACUGCAGUAGAAAGGGGAUUGCAACAGCAAAAUGACUGGAAAAAAAUCACAUUCAGGCUUUGGAAAACACCUCCCUGCUGCCCCUGGUGCUCAGAGGGGCCACACUGUCCUUAAAUCCCUUGGAGUGCUCCCUGGUGAGUCUCCCACUGCAGCAGUCAGGCACUGGCAGGAGCCCCCCAGGGUCCCAGAGCUGCUCUGGCUCUGGGGGCAGUGAGGUCCCUGGGCCCUCCUGGAUCCAGCAGGGUUGGGAGUGUUUGGGGAGGGGCUCAGGGGCUGCUCCCUCCCUCUGCAGGGCUCAGCUCUGUGCCUCACCCCGGGCAGCCUUGGGGAGGUUUAGGAGCAGGUGCAGUUGUGCUGUGGAUUCCUGGCUGUGUCUUCCAUGGCAGCCUCUGUGCAGCCCCUGGGCUCUGGCUUGGCCUCCUUAUCCUCUGGGAAGGGACUGAAAGCCCCCUUGGGGGUAUUUUGGGAUUUCUGCUUUGUGUGGGACAGGGUGUGUCCUGCUGAGGGACUGGCAGCACAAGGAGAGCCUGGGGAAGGGCAGGAAUGCUCAGAGGGGGAGAGGAACAUCCAGUAGCUUCUCGUAGGAGCCAAACACAGUGAAUGUCCUGGAAUCCAGGAGCUCAGUAACCCAGAUGUUUUGCAGCUGGGAGUUGGGCAGCUCCAGCUUCUGCCCCAGCACACAGCAGAGUGCUGGGGCCCCUGGAGACUGUAAAUGAGUGAUUGCUGAAGGGGCAGCAGCCUUAAUUAAUUUCCUAAUUACCUCUCCCCCAUCGUUUAUAUCUCUGGUGAAAGAGAGAGACGAGGAAGUUCAAGUGGAAGCUUUUCAUCUCCCUGCUUUGAUCAGAUCCUUUCCUGCAGAGGGACCAGGAUUUGGUGCCCCUUGGAGCUCUUGUGCCUCCCUUCACCUCCAGCCACAGAGAUCCAGGAAGAAAACUCAGCUGCCAUCCCUGUCUUGGCUUGGGUGGUGCCCAAGGCACUCCCAGGAUUCCUGCUGGAGAAGGAACCAACCCACAGAUCCCAUGGAACCCUCUGUGCUCUGCUCCAGGCCUGGGUCACCUGUGUCACCUGUGUCACCCUCCCUGCUGGCACCUGACACUCCCUACAUGGUGAGGAAGGACAGAUCCUUUGGGAAUGAUGUGCUCUGCAUCCAGCAGCUCUGGGGAGCCAGGCUGAGCUGUCACAGGUCAGGGUGGCCUGGCCACUGUCACCUCACAGCUGGACUCACUGAUCUGAAAGAUCUUUUCCAACCUGAAUUCUGUGAUUCCAGGACCCUUUGGAGCAAAGGCUUUGGGGGAGGAGUUUGUCCCCUGCUCUGUGCUGGGUGCUGUGGAAAAGCAAAGCCUGUCUGUGCCUCAGUGUCACCUUUGUCACUGCCUUGGUGGCCAGCCAGUGCCCAAGGCAGGGCUGGCUCAGGAGCAGCCUCAGGAAUGGGCAGCACAGCCCCUGGAGCUCAGCACUCACCUGUGCCUGAGCCACUGCCACUGCAGGAGUUUUGACUCUGUGACUCUCCAGACUCAGCAGGAAGGGAAGCAGACCCAGGAGUGAAUCUUUGGGGUUCCUGGGAAGGGAUCCAGUCUGCCUGAGCCUCAGCCUCCCCCUGCCUGCUGCCAUCCCAGUGCCCUCUGCUCCCACCCUGCCAUCCCACCCUGGAUGGGAUGAGCUGCUCCAGCCUUGCUGGUGUCCCCCCCACCCCAGGCCCUGCACUGCAGCUGCUGCUGGUUGUGAUUCCCAGGUUGUGCUUCCAGAGGGGGCCUGCUCAGCACUGGGGGAAGCCAAGGGGACACUUUGGGGCCGGUGCCUCGGCACUGGCUGAGCUGGGAGAUGUUUUUGCCAAGAGAUUCCUGGUUUUGUCUUCCCUCUCCCUGACCUUUUAUUGCUUUGCCAUGAUCUGGGGCAAGUUCAACUUAAAAUCUUGGACUCACAGAACAUCCUGAGUUGGAAGGGACCUGGAGACUCCUGGAGUCCAGCUCCUGGCCAGUCUCUUGCUGCUCUGUGUGCACAUUGGGAAGAGCUCUCACCUGGCUGGAGGCAGACCUUGGAUCCAUGUGGCCACAGCUGUGACCCCACUGCUGGAACACUGAGCCAGGAGCUGAAACCUGUUUGCAAUAAUUGAAGAUCCUCAAAUCAAAGCCAAACAGUUCCAAAAAAGAGAAUUUCUCCUGCUGGGUGCUGGGUCCAGUCCUUCUGGGGCUGUCACACCAUUCCCCCUCCUCCAGGCCCCUGCUGCCAGCAAAGGACUCGCCAGGAAGCAAAAACACAUCUUGGAGCAAGGCUGCUGCCAGAAAAAUGGAACUUCCUGACGGCUGUGCUGAGAAAAACCUGUCCCUGCUGCUGAAUGUCAGCCUUGAGGAACAAGGCUUGCGUGGGCUCUUCCUUCCUUGGGCAUUUGCCACCUCUGGCUCCCCUGGGACCCACAGUGCUGGGAGGGCUCCAAAGGCACUGCACCUAAAUUUGGGAUUUGCUGCAGAUGAGUAAUUCAGCAGCAAUUCUUCUUCCAGCAGCCAGGGGUGUGGAGACACCCAGCAGCUGGAUUGCUGAGGGAGAGAGUGGGAAAGCAUUGCUGAGGAUGUGGAGGCUGGAUCUGAGCUGGUGCAGGGGAUAAAGGGGCUUGGAGGUGUCCCUCCAUCCCCUCUAGGCUUGGCACAAACGAGGCUGUUCCCUGCAGGAAGGCCUGGAUCAGUCUGGAGUAUCUUCACCUCCCUUCAGUUGUGGAUGCAGUGGGAGAGAGGAGGAGGAGGGCAGCAGCUUUUGGGGGAGCAGCAGGGAGUGCAGCACCUCCUCACAGUCCUGGCAUCUCCAGCUCCUUCUGAUCACCAGGAAUUUGUGUCUCUUCAACCACGCAGAUCAGAAAUUCUUGUGCUUCCAUCUCUUUACCUUCCUUGCUCUUGGGGCAGCACUUUAUCUUCCAGUUCAGGCUCUGUGCUCCCUCUGCUCCUGGCUGGGGUUGGGCUCUGGGCUCAGCCUGGCACGGGCAGUGGGAUUCCCCCUCAUUGCUGGGAUCAGGCUGAGCUUGGAGGGUCUGAGUCUGGGGUCACAGCCACAGUCCCUGAGGUCCUGCAGGCAGGCAGGUGACAUCACUUGCUCAUGAAUGGAUUUCUCAUCUCUUUUUGAAUCCAGAGAUUCCAAAUCCCCAGGACUUGACGCUCCUUAGUGUGAAACUCGCCCAGCUCUGGGUCACACUCAGUUCAGCUGAGUCACUUUCUUCUUUCUUUAGUCAAAUUUGAUCCUUGACGAGGUCCCUUGAGCGAUUGCAGCCUGGGAGUGGAGAGGUUUCCAGUCUGAUCAGCUCUUCCAUCCCACCUGGAAACAUGUCCAGCAUUGCUCCAGGGCUGCUUGGGGCUGUGUCCCUGCCCUCAGCCCUGGGGACAGGUUUCCUUCUGAGAUGUGUGCUGGGGUCACUUCAGCCUUCUUUGGGGUUGGACUAAAUGACCUUUAUUGGUGCUUUCCAAUCUUCCCAAACUGUUCUGAUUCUGUUCAGACACAUCUGGGAGGAGAUGGGUGAGAGCCAGACCUGCCUCACCUGCUGCUCCUGCACCUUCACCCAGCUCUAUGGGCUACCACAGCUCAGGUGCUCCCCAGCACAGUGAAUUUACUGCCUGGGGUCCUUGUUUCCAUCUCAGCCUGGGCUGCCCCUUCCAGGUCUUUUCCUGUGGCCAUGGGCAGGCAGCCUGGGCUUUGCUUCUUGCUGGGCUUUGCUUCUUGCUGGGGUUGUGUGGUCAGGAAUAUUUUUCCACUUGGAAGAGAGUCCAGGUGACAGGGGGGUGGUGGCAAGGACAGUCCCAGUCCCAGCAGUGCAGAGCUGCUGGGGACACCCAGCCCUGGCUCAGGGAGGGGACAGCCAGUGCUUCCAGCUCCUUUGAGUCCCUUCAGGGCCCACCUUGGCACUGGGGAUCUGUGCCCCCUGUGCCACCUGUGCCCCCAGGAUGCUCUGGCCCCCCUGCCCUGCUCCAGCUCCAGCUGAUUGGGACUCCCAGUGCUGGGAGCUGCUCUCAGGCUGCUGCUGGGGAUUCCCCUCCCUGCUCAGCCCUCCCUGGACCCUUCCUUCCCUCCUCAGCAGGGCUGGAGCUCCCCUGGGGCCACCUGCAGUGCCUGGCCCAGGGUCACUGUCCCCAGGAGCUGCUCCUGGAGCUGCCAUCCCCAGGCUCUGGGCUCUCCUGUCACUGGUGCUGAGGUGGCGUCGCUCGGUCACGUCCUGGGUGACCCCUUUGAUUUUGGUGCUGGAAACCUGAGGGGUCUCUGUGUGUUUUGUCCUGGAUAACUCCACCCUGGAACAAUCCCAACUCCCAGGGCUGGCUGUCGUGGAAAAUUCUGCUUUUCUUGUUUUCCCUGAGCCAAAAGCCCAGAGGGGAUUCAGGACUGGGAGCAGGGGAGGGCCUUGGGCAGGGCUGUGAACCCAAAAUGCUUUUGGGGAGCAGAAACUUCACAGUGUUUUUGUGAACUAUCUUUGCAGCACUGAGGAAAAAUCACAAGAAUUGGAGUUUUGGGAGUACAGAUGUGCAGUCAGUGUAUGAAUAUUUGAAGUCUUACUGGUUUUAAAGGUUUUUAUUUUUUUUUUUUUCUCCAUUUUCCGCUCCAUUUGCGGAUCAGGUUUUCACUAAAAGCUGUUUCAAAAUGUUGCUGUGCCAUAUUUUAUUUAUCCUUAUACAUUAUAAAUAUAUAAAUAUAUAUUUAGACUGAAUAUUGCAUUGAAAGAUGCUGUUUUUGGGAACUUCAGGGUUUGAACCCGAGACAGAAAAAAAUUGGGAAAUAAUUCUCCAGUGUUUUUACUGUUUGGGACCUUCUUCCUGAAGAGGCUCCUUGAGUUCUUUAUGGUGUAAAAACAAAAUCUCAUCUGAAAAUUCCAAGUUUGACAAUGCUAACCCUGAAGUUCUCAGGUUUGUGAUCCUUUGGUUUUCUCGAGGUACAUCUGGUUGCUUUUCUGGUGCAGUCAAAUAAUUUUUUAAAAGGUUUUGUCUCUGGAGUUAUUGAGGAAAAGGUGGAAUGGGUUGAUCCAUCCUGCUUGGCUUUUUUAACCUAUUAAUCUUUGAAGUGAUCGAUUUCCAAUUAAAACCCAACUUUUUAGGUCUCUGUUCUACUUAAACUUUGUAGGAGUGAGAGCCUGCCCUCGCUGAGUGGGACUUGGAUGGGGAAAGCAGUAGAUGAUGAGGUUGCUGUUGCUCAGGAAUUGAUUAGUAAACUUUUAACUACUAAUAAAAAUCCAUUUUUCAAUGGAUUUUUAGAAAAACCCAUUUUCUUAGGACAGUGGUAUGGGAUGUUUCCUAGUGAAUAGGAAUUAGUUUAUAUAGUUUAGCCUAUUAAACCGAAUUAUUUAAAAUUCAAACUUCCCCUAAUUUAUCUUUUUUUUUUUUUUGGUUGGUUUGGUUUUGGAUUUUUUUUUUUAAUACUGGUAAGUUGUUCUGUCAUUCCUUUCAUUCCUGCCUAGCAGUAGUGUGAAUUCUGGUGUGUAUAUAUGUAUGUAUAAUAUAUAUAUUUCCACCCGGCCUUUCAAAUUCUCCACAAUGUAAGAGUUAGUUUUUGCUCCCCUGCCUCCACUUAAUUUCUUGUGUCUCCCUUGAUUUGUAAUUGAAACGAUGCUUUGAAGUUUUGUCUUUAUAUUAAAGUGUCUGUAUUUUAAUACACCGA